AUGAGCCAUCCAAAAGUUAUCUAUGCUUUUACAGAGAUGAGUAGCGUGGUCAAUCCAUCUGGCUGGAGGGAAAACUUCCAACGCGCAUAUGACAAGACGGUCUUCUAUGGAGAGUACAAGUGUUUCGGACCAGGGUCACACCAAGAGAAGAGAGUGCCUUACACACAAGAUGUUGACCAAAACGAAGUUAGGCCUUUCCUCACUCUUGGUUACAUCAAGGGUUCCACUUGGCUACUUCCUCCUCCUAAAUACUGA